UUUGUGAGCAGAGCCCAGGCUUGAGUGUUGCAGAUGUGUCCUGUAGCUCACAGGCAUAUAUUUACCUCCACCAAGGAGGUUAUGUUUUCAUCAGGGUUUGUCUGUUUGUUUGUACAUUUGUUUAUAUUUCUAAAAGCUACAGUAUGGAUGGAUUUUGAUGCAAUUUUCAGGAAAGGUCUGAAAUAACCCUAGGAAGAAAUCAUUACAUUCUCGUAGUGAUCCGGAUCCCUGGCUGGAUCCAAGAGGCACUUGGCCGAGGUCUGCACUCUCGGAGUGCUUUUCUAGCUUUGAAAUAAGCGUUUGUGGGAUUUUGUAUUUUACCAAGAAACUUAUUUUGUUGCCGUAUCGAUUUUAGAGGGCUGCAACUGCAAGAUCUCUUGCAUUUGUACAGGGCAAGAGACAGUAACAUGGAAGAGGUCAUGACCUUGUCCAGUCUCAUGAUGAUGAAAGUAUCUUGAUGUAGAAAUCUUUCACUGUUUCAUGGCUGUUAGAAAUUCUCAUGCAGCACCUAUGCAGCUGACUAGAGGUGAACGAUUCUUUUCAGUGUCCUCUCCGGUCUCUGUCCUUCAUUGCAGAAAUCCAACCAGUGGAGGAGAGCAGUUGUUCUUGCUGGCCUUUUUCACUUCUAUAGAGAGGAGCCCUCCAGUUUGACAAGGAGAGACAAUUUUAUGUGACAUGAUGAAUGAGCUCGUCAAGCUUCAAGAAGAUCGGCCACACUCACUGACAAAUAUUGUGUUCUCAACUGAAUUUUGAUUGGCUGCUUGUUGAACAUUUUGGCAAAUCGUUAGCCAACUGAAUGAGGUGAGAUGAAAGGGAUGAAGGUUGGAUUCCUGAUGGUCACAUGCAGAGAAUCCUGCCAGCCCUCUCCCCAAGACACAGUCGUUUGUGGUAUGUGGGAUGUAUGCGGCUGUGAUCUUUGCUGGCAGGCUGUACAUGCGAGAGAGACCCAAGUUGGACCUACGCGCACCCCUAGUUCUGUGGUCGCUCAGUCUGGCUGUGUUCAGUAUAAUUGCCACACUGAGGACAGGAGGCUACAUGAUGCAUGUGCUGUGGAACCGUGGCUACAGGCAGUCUGUGUGUGACACCAGCUUCUACAGCGCCCCCGUCAGCAAGUUCUGGGCGUACAUGUUCGUCCUCAGCAAACUGCCAGAGCUGGGUGACACGGUGUUCAUCGUGCUGCGCAAGCAGCGGCUGAUCUUCCUGCACUGGUACCACCACAUCACCGUGCUCAUCUACUCCUGGUACUCCUACAAGGACCAGGUGGCGGGCGGCGGCUGGUUCAUGACCAUGAACUACGGCGUCCACUCCAUCAUGUACAGCUACUACGCCAUGCGCGCCGCCGGCGUCCGCGUGCCCCGGCCCUUCGCCAUGGUCAUCACGGCCUCGCAGAUCCUGCAGAUGGCCAUGGGCCUGGUGGUGCUGCUGUCGGUGCACUCGUGGAUGGACGAGCGCGUCUGCCCGAGCAACAUGCGCAACAUCGUCUCGGGCACCGUCAUGUACCUCAGCUACCUGGUGCUCUUCGUCUGGUUCUUCUACAAGUCCUACGUCAAGGGCGAGAAACCGAUGACGAAAGGGGUCAAGGCUGAGUAAACCGCCCCCCCUCCCACCCCCCCAAUCAGGAACAUUAUUACAUUAGUAAUCCCCCCCCUCUUCCCCAACGAUCGGCUUCUCACCCAAGACUUACCCCCCCUUUCUAUUUCAAACCAUUCUAACAAUAUGCCACCGAUGGCCGUACCAUACUAGUCAUAUUUCCAGAACUAUCACCACCACCGUCACCCAGCCAUCUUAGAAAUGUAACCAAAACCUCACCUGCCCACUCAGCAGCAUGAUCACUUGUAAGGAGAGGACCGUGGAGAAGCCUGUCCACCACCUCACAGGGACAUUUUCAUCCAAGAGGAGAUGAUUUGGACUUAACAGCUGGGCUACGUCAGGUCCGCAAUUGAAGCACUCUGUUCCCUGCAGCGUUAAAAAUUGUUUUAGAACAUUUGUCUAAUCAUUUUGGAAUGUACACACACUGCUAUCACAUCCGAUGUAACCGGGUCUAUUGAUUAUAGUGGAAGCUGAUUGGUGCAGCUGACGUUCUAUGGACGGAACGCUUCUGUCACGUGUCUGGUGUUGCCCAGCUGUUAGAAACGGUUUGAAAAAGACAUUGCCAUUUAAGUGAAGGCCAUUGGGUAAAAAUGUAAACAUGUGAACAAAGCCUUCUCUACCUUUGUGUGUGUGCGUGUGUGUGUGUGUGUGUGUGUUGGCAGGAGGUCAUGAUGAGAGUGUGUGUGGAGAUGUGGUAUGUGUGUGUACAGUACGUAUGAGUGUGUGUGUGUGUGUGUGUAGAGUGAAAGAGCAUUAGAAUGUAGAAAAAGUAAACAGUAGAAAAAUGAAUUAGCACUAUAUUUGACUACGAUCUUAAAGGGACACACACACGCACAGUGAAUCUCAUAGCCAUAGGUGUACAAAAAAAACAGUUGAAGCCACUUCUUUUCUUAAGAAAUGUUUACAAACCACCACGGUGCAGAUCACUCUCUCCGUCCAGAGAUUGUGUUGUUUUGAAACAUGCCUGUGUUUAAAAGUCUAUGUGACCACUGGAGAAAGGGCUUUUUUUCCUUCACCAGACUGUGAUUGUUGAAUUGUCAAACGUGAAUGAAGGUGUUUGAAAAAAAGUGAGUCUGUGAUGGGGGAAAUGUAGAAAAGCAUUUGGAUGUUAUUUGUUGGUGUUUAUUGCAGAGAAUUUGUAUAUUGUGUGUAUGUGUUGACUGCAGUGAACUCUACACACAUAUCCGAUAACAGCAAGGGGACGGAUGCACUGAAGGGCUUAACUGCCAGUUGUCACGACAACAGAGAAUGAACGCACUGAUGAUCUUAUCAAACCUCACCUGUCCGUCCGCCAACACCUGAGCGUGCUGAAGAAUGAAGUUGCUCCUAUGUCUGUUAGUGCGUGUGUGUGUGUGUGUGUGUGUAUGUGUGAUUUGCUUGCAGUUGAAUGCAGACGAAUGCAGACAUGUACAAUAUGUUGUGACAGAGCACACCUUGCUGUUACAGAGGAAAAUUCCGGAAGGAAUUUUUCAGAAGAUGUUCGAUUUCUCAUUAAAGUUGCUCAUGUGAUGGCUUAGAUAGGUGUCAAGGUAUCUCAACAGCAUACAGAGUGUUCAAAAAGUAAAGAAUAUCACCGCACACUGGUCUCAUAUUAAUUGUUUAUUACAGUAGGAGUGAGCAGUGCAUUUUUGCGUUUUUCAAACGUUUGCGUCCUCAGGUUCACUCCCGCUUAGAGCUCAGCUUAGAGAGUGUUACCUAAAGCCAGAUAUCCAUCUUAGUCUCGCACGUAGUAGUUUGUGGCUUUGGAAUUCAUUAGGGUGUUUUUAGGGUGCGUUUGACAGGGUGUGUUGAGAGUUUUUAAACAGGUCCGUCUCUGUUAGAGAAGAUAAUGAUCUGAGAUUUCCACUGCGAUUGGUGAUGUUGCUGUAAGAUAUACAGUAUUGGAAACACAUUCCCAUGUCACUCACAAACCUGACUCACUGGUCCAAAGUACUCUUGAGAAACAAAACGAAGACUGCAGCUUCACAUGUGUCCUGUCGUUGUGCCGCCUAGCACCUUAGGAAAGCUUGAUGUUGUUUGUUUGUUUGACUUAUAAUCUGUUUUGUUUUUGUAAAAUGAGCCCCAACCCCAUUUUUGAAUCACACCAACAACAGCCCUAGAGAAGGGGGGGGGGGUUGUGUCAUUCCAAGUACGUGGUUUAGUGGCUUACCCUCAGAGUAUGUAGACUUAGACCCCCGAGCCCCAACCCCAGCUGACCCUGGCCUGGUCUGGACUCUCUCGGACUGUCCAGCGCACUGCAGCUCCCCCACGCCAAGUCUUACAAACAGCCAAGACCCCACACACAGAGGAAUUGUCCUGGUUAGCGAGAGAGGAACAGAGGGAGGAGAAAAGAGAGAGAGAGAGAGAGUGGGGGAAUGAGAGGAAGGCAGAUUACCACUGUGGGAAUCAGCAGCGCACCAGAACACAGAGCUCAUUGUACAUUAGUAGAGAGAUAUCAUGUAGAAUGUAUUUAUCUUGAAAAAAAAUGUAUAGAUAAAGCCAUAGAACAACUGGGUUGAGCGCUAACUGUCCUUCCUUACUUUUAAGCACCUGAGCUGGGAAAUGGUAUUAAUGGUAGUAAGGUUCUCUACCACACAUAUGUCUUACGGUACUACUAUCCUGCCACCAGGGCUCCUCAACACACAGACAAUGUUCUCGGGUCAUUGGGAGGAUCAUUGUGCUCCUCAGUAUGAAUACCACCCAUCACCACUGUGUCCUCAAGAAGUUCAAUGGCAACAAGGCUGAGACUUGCAGUCGGUGGUGCUACCAUUUGCCAUUUACAGUAUAGUUGAGAGCAGCUCAACUGCUAAGUCUAUGUCCAUGACUCAGGGGCAUUGUGUAUGCCAGCAUUUUUUAGGAUGGGCACAAUUAGAGCAGAGGGCAAAAGGUUCUUCCGCACAAAAAAAUGACAAUUAUUAUUAUUAUUAUUAUUAUUUUUAGAUUAUAAAAGAUUAGAUUAUAUUUAGAUUCAAAGACUAAAAAGAUUGGUGUAAAACCUAAAAGUCAGUGAAAUAGUAAAUAGCAGUAAACUAGUAAAAGCUUUAGUGGGCACAGCGCUAUUGUGUGCAUCUGAGAUCUCAGUCCCUGGACAGUGGAGGACUGAUGUCAUGUACUUGUACUUUAAUGUACCCAGGGAGACACAUCUCACCUCUUAGUGAAGAGCAUGGGGAAUGGGGUACUAGGCAACAAGCUGGCAUACAAUAGAGCCAUACUCCUUUAACCAUGACUAUGAACCCGUCCUAUUUCUGUUAGUCUUAUUUCAUUAGCCAUAAUGAUUUGAUAUAGUUGAUAUAGAGGCACUGUGUUCUUGUUACUUUGUUUAUGGUUUGUAGUAAUUUCCCGUGUACUGGCCACAUCGAAACAAAGGCUACUAGUAUGUGUAUGCAGAUGACCACAGCCGUGAAUGAACCGCAGUUGGAUGUAAAUGACCACAUCCAUGUUUUAUGCAAAUGACCACAUCCAUGUAUUAAACCGCAGUGCCCAUCAGCUCAGAGAAUCACAAUCUGAUCAGUGCUUUAAUCAGAAUGAAGAAUGAAUAAAACAAAGUCUGUGUUCAUUGCCUUGUAUAGCCAGCUAUUGUGUAUUAUAUAACCUCAUAGCUGAAGAGAUAGGACGAAAUCAGUGUAUAAAUGUAUAGGCAGGAAAUUACUGAGAACUGUGUUGAAGAAGUAGAUUGUAAUGAAGACUGUAAAAACCACGUCCACUUCUCUGUGGUCUAUGGUCUCACAGUAAAGCCCACAAACUCUUCCUGCUGUGUGUAUAUGUGUAUUCAGGUCCAUUCACCCCUUACUGUUUUUACGGAUUCCUUUUUUUUUCAUCGUCAAUUUUUUUUUAAGUAUAUAUUUUUUGGGCUUGUUAUGCCUUUAAUGACAGAGACAGUGGAGAGUGACAGGAAGUGAAUGGGAGAGAGAGUAGGGGUGAGAUCCGGAGAGGACCACGGGGCGGGAAUCGAACCCAGGUCGCUGGCGUAUGGUGCAGGUACCCCAGCCAGUACCGCCACAGCUGGAGCCGUUUUUAAGGAGUCCUUGUAUUAAGAGACAAUGAUGAUUGAUUAUAGUGGCUUGUCAUGCUACUCUGUGUACAUACCAUGUUGUUUACCCAACUCCCUCAACAAGACAGUGUUGUGGCAUUCCAGUCGUAAUGCUACAUACAAUAGGUUAAAUACACAGAGAAUUUCAUGCAGAAGGCCAUGCACAGGUGACUGCCAAUCUGUGAUUUGUCUUUUCUACUGAGAGAUAUGCACAGAACAGGUGUGUGUGUGUUUUUUUUAUUAUUAUUGUCAACUCACUUGUGUGCUGAUGUUGGUGCGUUAGGUUACGGAAUGUAACAAACGCACAAACCUAUACACAAUCACAUACCCAUAUGCACACACACACACACACAAUGUAGAAUGCACCCGAAUGGAUACAGAGCUGCUUUCUCGUAGUCUAUAUAUCUGUCCACCUGCCCAACGUGUGCCAUGUUACAGAUGCACAAGGGAAGAACAUCUAAAGGGCUUCCAUGUCUUUUUUUAUUUUAAUUUAUAUGUGAUGAUCAUGUACUGUAAAUGUAACAAUAAAGCCAUGUUUUGAAUGACUUGG